GCGCCGCUGCCCCGGAAGCGCCUGUGGGCGGGCGGGCGGAGCGCGGAGGGCGGAAGAGCUGCGGCGGCUGUAGGGAGGGUCCGGCCCCGCUCCGCUCCGCUCCGCUCCCGUUCCCGUUCCCGCUCCCGGUCCCGCUCCUCCGCCACCCGCCAUGGGCACCCGCGACGACGAGUACGAUUAUCUCUUCAAAGUUGUACUUAUUGGAGACUCUGGAGUAGGCAAGAGCAACCUUCUGUCUCGAUUCACUCGCAAUGAGUUUAACUUGGAAAGCAAAAGCACCAUUGGAGUGGAGUUUGCAACGAGGAGCAUCCAGGUGGAUGGGAAGACAAUAAAGGCUCAGAUCUGGGACACAGCGGGGCAGGAGCGAUACCGAGCCAUAACCUCAGCGUACUACCGGGGAGCCGUGGGGGCGCUGCUGGUGUACGACAUCGCCAAGCACCUCACCUACGAGAACGUGGAGCGGUGGCUGAAGGAGCUGCGGGACCACGCCGACAGCAACAUCGUCAUCAUGCUCGUGGGCAACAAGAGCGACCUGCGCCACCUCAGGGCCGUCCCCACCGACGAGGCCAGAGCUUUCGCAGAGAAGAAUGGUUUGUCAUUUAUUGAGACGUCUGCUUUAGACUCUACAAAUGUGGAAGCAGCUUUCCAGACUAUUCUGACAGAGAUCUAUCGGAUUGUUUCCCAGAAGCAGAUGUCUGACAGACGUGAGAAUGACAUGUCCCCAAGCAACAACGUGGUUCCCAUCCACGUCCCUCCAACCACUGAAAACAAACCAAAGAUGCAGUGCUGUCAGAAUAUAUAAAUUGUCCAUUCUUUCCUAAAAGGCUGUGUAUAUUCCCCAGGUCCAAGAUUUAAAUAUAUUUGUAAUUCUCGUGGUUACGUUCUUGUGUUUAGUUACUGCUUAUUCCUUCUCCAUGAAUUUCUCCAUGUCUUAAACACUUUGAUUUCAGUGUUUAUCAAUCUCUUUCUUGGAUGUGGCUGCAGUAUUUUCCCAACACCGACCUGUCGGUUUGGGCUCAGUAAAUUGUUUGGAACUCAGCUGAUCCCUUCCCAACAUGAUGCCCACUAGUCAGAGCACUGACACCUUUGGAGAGCACUUGAAGAUGUUAUCCUGCUUCUCACAAAGCAAUUACUGUCAGGUUAACAAGGAAAUCUCUCUGGGCAGAAUAAUCUUUUCUUGUCUUAAGGUGUAUUCUGCAUUUAAAGCUCGGUGAAGCUCUGAAGUGCAAUUUUAUUGUAAGUUAAAUGUUUUUGGCUGCAUCUUCAGAUUGUCAAGUGAAGUUUUAUAGGAUAUUAUGGGGGAGAAAAGAGAAUUUGUUGUGAACAAGCAGCAGUUAGCAGCAGUUCUGGCUACCUGUGAGUGAGGUGCUGUGGUUUGGCACCUGCUGCAGAGGAGGUUGAUGUGAGGCAGAGCUGCUGGGACCCCACGGAGGGGCCCCUUGAGAAGGAAGUGAAUGUAGGAGCCACGUCCGUGGGGAAGGGUCACUCCAGCUCUGGAACUUGCAGCAUCUUUGUGCUGCUGGAGGCUUGGCCUCCACAGUCCUGCUGGUAUCAGGAUUUGAGGAUGCCUUUUUUUCUUUCAUGGAACACAGACUUGAAGGGUGUUGGCACGUAUUACAUAUCACAUCUAUUAAUGCAUGCCACAUAUAUUAAUAUAUACAAGUGCUUGAGUUGAUGAAUGAAUAACUUCCACUACCUGGCCUUAGUUUUCAGUUCUGGUUGAUCCAGUAUUUUUAAAUUAUUCCAGUGGUUUGCUGUAUGUUCUUCAACAAAACCCUCUGGAGUUUUCUGUUUCCUGUCUGCUGUGGUCUGUUGCUCUGUACCAAUCCUGUCCAGUCUGCCUGUUCAGGGAUACAUGAACUGUGCCUUCUGUCACUUGCUCUGUGCUGUUCCUGAACACGCCUGACACUGGCAUUGGGGGCCACAGCCACUGCAUUCCCACAGGAUUAAAAGAACUCUCUGUUGUGUAAAUGCCUGCAGUUAUUUAUACAAUUACAGGGAAGUAAUUGAUUGUAAGGGUUGUUUCUCAAACUCUGAUAUGACCCACUUGGAAGAUCCAGAUGUGGUCGGCACUUCCAGCUGUGUUCUGUUCCCAACCUUUCUGUCUCGCGGUGCUCAUGAUGUGUGAGGCACACGGAAGGCAUUGCUGUAGUCGGUCACUUCUUGUUUUUUACUCCAUUUCUCCUCCUGGUAUUAGUUCUGAAGAUGAUAUUUUGAUCUGUUUGUAAAUUACUUUGUAUUUUAUGCAUGUACUGUACUUUGAUUCAUUAUUUUUUUAGAUUGAUUUAAAAUAUCUUCAUCCAUGAUUCUAAUAAAGAAUUACAGGGGACAA